AUUUCUUUUAUAAAUGUUACGAUUCCAGUUGGAUAAAGAACUAGUUUAAAAUUCAAACAACAUAGUCACAGCGAGAUUAUAUUUUUUGUGGAAAUAAGCUAACACAAAAAUAUGUCAGCUUGGAAAGUGACGCUGUCAAAAACUGUCAUUACACACCCGAGGGAACGCUCGUCUUCGACAUCUUCCUCCUCUUCGUCUACCUCGUCUACUUCGUCUACACCAUCAGUGACGUCUUCAUCAUCAGUGACGUCACAGUCAACCACAACGUCCAAAGUGCCGAUGAGGAUUGCGUAUCAAAAAAUAACUGUUGGGCACAUGCGACCGAGUAGGAACGGCGUUAAUGAGAAACCUUUGGCUUAUAUAUCUUCAACAUUGGGAAUCUUUUGAUUAGAUGCCAAUGAUCUUGGGAAGCUAGGAAAAGACAUGUUAACAACAAAAAGCAACAAAACAGAGAACUUCGUAUUGCAAUUUUUAAAGAUAUUUUCAAUUUUUUAUUAAAACAUGUAAAUAUAAAUAUAUUAUAUGCUUUAUAUGGAUACUUUUUAAAAAAUAAAUAAAUAAAUUUCAUUAAUCAUA